GGGAUUCCAGCCCGGGGUCUUCAUUGCAAGUGAAACCAUCGGAAAGGAACGUCGAAGAUCGUGGUCUGGUCAGGGUUGAAAGAUUUGUCUCUAUUCAGGCAGCGAGGAACAAACCAAAACGACCGUUAUGGAAUAGGCGCGAAUGUUUUUCGGGUUUUUUGAUGAGAAAGGAACGAAAGAAAGAAACGUUAGGGAACUGUUUUUCGGUGUUGGAUAAAUUGCGUAGGAGUGUUUUAAGUUUUUCGAAGUUGUUUGCUGUUGUUAUGCAAUGAGUUAUUGACAAAGUUUUUUUUUUUUAUUUAAUUAAUUUUAUCGUACGAACACAACCCUCUCAAAGUUUAUUCCAAAGUUUAGUGUGUUGAUUUUACGUUUACCGUUUUGUAAAGCGAAUAAAGAAAAAAAAAACAAACAGUCAGCUUAGUUAUAAUUUCCCAAUCAAGUCAAAUCGAUUCGUCAAACUGUUUCCAAUGUUCUCCAAGGCAAAACUGAAGAGAUUUAACGACGUUCCAGUCGUUUCCUCUCCAUCGCCAUUUGCCGAACCACGGGAGAAAGAACCAACCAAAAAGUCCAAGAAGGAGGAAAAAAUCAGACUGGGCAGCAUGGAUGCCGAAUCGAUCAAACCCAGCAAAAGUGCCCUCAGCCUGUUCAGAACGCCAUCGCUUCCAAAGCGCCUCAAAUUCAAGCACAUCUCGGACCUUACGCCGAAGAAAUCCUCUUCCAAGGAGGCAGCAGCGGAAAAGCUGCGCCAACUGGAACGCGAUCUGGAAACGCUGGGCACCAAACCGAUCGAAAAGGGAGUCGAUUGUGGCGGUAAGAUUCCGCCGAUCGUUCAGCUGUACAACAAAAUCGAUGUUAACAAGGAAGCGCUGCAGCGUGCACGCGAGGAGAAUGAAGAACUGAAGGCGAAGGUUCAGGAGCUGCUGGCGGAGAGGCGUCUGACGGAGGUUGAGCAAUGUAAUCUACUGGGCGAGAAAGAUAAUCAGAUAAUGUUGCUCGAGCGAGAGUUGACCAGCAUUACCAAGGCGGAUGAGCUGCUGCAGGAGAUUACGGAGGGAUGCUUGGAGAAGGUGAAGGAGAACGAGGAAGAGAUCAAACGAUUGCAUAAGGAUUACGAGCGGCAGUUGUGUGAGGUUUAUGAUACGAAGAUCGAGCUGGAGAUGAAGUUUGAGGACUUGGAGAUGCGGCACAAUGAGCUGCAGGGGGAUUAUUUGGUGGUGGAGGGUGAGAAUUAUUUAUUGAAUGAAGAGCUGUUGGCAAUGAGAGAGAUUCUGGAGGCGCAUGAUUUGGAAUUGGAGAGGAAGGUGGGGGAAAUCAAGGGCAUGGAGGAGAGUUUGGAUCAAUUGAUCAGGGAAGGGAAUGAUUUGAAAGAGCAGGUGAACUAUUUCCGAAUCCAAGCGGAAGAAGAUAUGAUGAAGUACGUGGAAGAGAGUCGAGCCACUAUCCGUGAGAUUGACACGUUCAAGAAGAAUAACGAGGCAUUGCUAGCACAGCUGACUGAAAAGAACACUAUCAUCGAGGGGAUGCAAGAAGAGUUGAACGAGAAUCAGUUCGAGAUGGAUGAGAUCAGGGAUGAUGUUAGGAACGAUUUCAACCAUGAACUUACAGCCGUGGUGAAAAAGUACGAAAAGCAAUUGGCAACGAUCAAUGAAGUCAAUGAAAUGAAGAUCAGGGAAUGCGAGUCGAUAUUUGUGCUGGAAAAGUCAAAGCUGAUCAAAGAGCAUGGGGAUAAGAUAAAGAACAUGGAGAAAGAUCAUCAGCGGGAGAUCGAGCGGAUUGGUGAACAAGCUGAAGAGAAGAUCCGAAUCGCAGAGGUUCAAAGCGAAGAGCGUAUCAAGGGGCUGGAGCAGUCGAUCCAGAACUCGAUCGCUAAUGCUUUGGCGAGUGAAAAGAUGCGCUGGCAAAAGGAACUGGACAAGUGUCAGAAGAUUGCAGAGACGGAAAUCAUGCAGUGCGAGUUUGAGAAGCGCGACUUGCGAGCUCUUUGGGAAGCAUCGAAUGAAGUGAUCAAGGAGCAUGAGAAUAAGAUUGCUGAGUUGGACAGAAGAUUGGUUGCCGAGAUGGGUGGCAGCAUCAAAACGAAGGAGGAAUACGAAAACGAACUGAAGGAGAUGAACCGGGAGAAUGCACGGUUAAAAACGGAGAAGUACAACUAUCAGCUAACGCUGAAUAACACUCGAUCAACGGUGAAUAUUCUCAUGGAACGGCUGAAGAAAUCGGACUCGGACGUGGAAAUGCUCAAAUCGGAACUUGAUUCGGUAAUCAAAGGUAAAUCGGAGAUCGAGACAGAGAGCAACAAACUUCGGGAGGAAAUCGAAGAAUACAAACGCGUAUUGGGAGCUCUCCGUUCGUCAUCUAGCCAACUGGAGAAAGAGAUGCGUGAAAAGGAGGAAGUGUUCGAAAAGAUUAUGACCUCCGAGGAAGACGCCAUCCUGACUGUUUCGCAGAUUGGAAAGCUAUUCAACGACAAAAUGGAAGAAAGCAUUUCCCGAUAUCUGGAUAUGUACGAUGAGUUGAAGAAAAAAUACGAAGCACGUGAAGCAUACAUUCAGGACAUGAAAACCCUGCUAGAUGAGUUCGCCACCGGCAUAGAAUUGGCUCGGAUCGAACUGGAUACGAAGGAUAAGAAAAUUUUCGAGCUGGAGAAUGAGCACAAGGACAUCAAGCUGGAAAACAUGACGUUCAGGUUCAAAUGCGAACAGUUUGAGAAAUAUCAGGUCGAAGGACGACUGCCACUGCCUUCACCUGAAGUUCCCUUGAAUAAUACCGACGACCAGCAGCUGGUAUCGAACAUGCUGAUUGAGAAUAUCAUCAACCAGCUGGAAAAGGUUGGCGAGGACAAGGUGCUGCAUAGUGAACACAUCGAGUUGCUGCAGGAAGUGAUCGAAUGCGACACUGAGAAGGAGAAGUCUCGCGUCAGCGAGCUGAAUGAGAAGCUCAAAGCGACCGAGGAUAAGCUUCGAAUUGUGGAGCAAUUCGCCAAAGAGACAUCCGAAAAGUACACAGAACUGUUGGAGAACCAUAACAACCGCCAGAAGGUGAAAAACAUCGAAGGUAGCAAGGAUCAACAGCAAAUGAAAACGAAAAUAGCCAAGCUCCAAGAGGUCAACAAGAAGCAGGAGAACACCAUCCUUGGGCUGCAGCAGCAGCUCUCCUGCUAUGAUUCACCGCAGAAGCUGAACAUGUCCGGCAAGCUGUACGGCAUCGGUAGUCCCAAAACGCCCAAGAAGCUGAUCGUUUCGCCAUUUCCCGGAAAGGAAAACCGCUCUCCGGCACCGGCAACUGCUGCCGGUACGGUCUAUAGCCCGCGGAGUAACGUACUGCGUCAGAGGAAUAACUAGCGCGUUCCGUGCGGUUUACAAAUAUUUCCACGAUUUGAUAUGGAACAGUUGACGAAUGUCAAAUUCAAAAAGAAUCAGUAUUGGAUUAAAAUUCCAUAGCAUAAGUUUGAUUCGACUCAUAUUUAGUAAGAAGAAGUGAGAAAAUGAUAUUCCUCAUUGCACUUUUCUAAGAGGUUACGUGAUAAAAAGUCAAAUAUAUGUAUGAUCGCUUUGCCGAAUUCAAUAGGAAAUGUUCCUUCGGAAUUGUGGGAGACAAUCAUAAAAUGCAACGCAAGCAUUUGUUCAGAGAGA